AUGUCUAAAAAGGUCAAAUAAUUGACAGAAGUCAUAGCAUUACAAGAAAAAACAAUUGGAAAGCUUUAGAAAAUAAUAGAAACAAAGAAAUCUAAAUAAAUUGGAAGUAGAAAGAAUCAAAGCAUUAAUUUAGAUUAAAAAUAUUUAGUUGGUGCAAAUGCAAAACCUCCACGACUUGAUUUUAAUGAAACGAAUAAAUCAUAUAGAUGCCGCCCUUCAAUUUCUCAGACCCAUAAUUAGUUGAGCUAUAUUUCAACAGAUUACCUUCAAGAUAUUUAAUCUCUUCGUAAUAAAGUUGAGGGACUUCAAAAGGAAAAAUAAGAUAGAUCUCUAUUCUUUCAUGAUAAAGAAAAUCAAGACUACAAUAAUAAUUCAUCAAAAAUAGAGAUUUUAUAAAAUUAGAUUAAGGAUAGAGAAUCUACUAUAAAUGCAUUAUAAGAGGAGCUCGAUUAGGAAAAGUAAAUAAGAGUAUAAACUCAAUAGGAUUUAUAAUAGUAAAGAACAAUUUGGAAUAAAAUGUAUUCAGAAUUAUAAAAUGAAAUAAAAACUUUAAAAACAGAACUUAGAGCAUUCUCUUCUUAACCUAAAAAAAGAUCAAAUUAAUUAUUUUUUUCAUGA